CCUUUGAAAGCAAACGAAUGGUUGUGCAUUACAUCAACAGAAGACCAGAUAAUCCAAUGCCAACCCACAGCGAUCCAGCCUAAACCUACUGCCGUAGUAGCGUUUAUCAAUACAUCAACGGAAGAAUUCACAAUACCAGCGCAAGAACCUAUCGGAUCAGCAUCUAUUGUAGAACUCCAGCCAUGGACAACUAAUUCCAAGAUAGAACCAUACAUCCCUCCAGAAGCGGAUUGGGAAGCUCAACUUCCCACAUUUCCUCAGGACUUCAUGAAAGACUUGGAUCUCAGCCAAGCCGAUUUGACGAAACAGCAAAAGUUUGCCCUUAAACGAAUCAUACUCGAGAACAAGGACGCAUUUCUUAACGAGGACAGGAAUAUAGGACUCUUCACCGGACCUAUCCAACAUGCCAUUCCACUACGCACAGACAUGGAUAUGCCGAAAUCUAGGAUUUACAAGAUGCCAUUGGGAAAACAAGAAGAAGUGGAAAGGCAAAUAGAAGAAAUGUUGGAGCAGGACAUAAUUGAACCAUCAACUGCCCUGUUCAACAGCCCA